AUGGACGACCUCACAAACAGUAAAAAUCCCAUAAAACUAGUGCCUUUUCUAAUCUUCACCGCCCUAUUAGCCAUCACUCCUGCAAUUGCAGCAGGAUCUCAUGCCGACGAGUAUCAGCCAAUACCAAACCAACCAGCCGGGACAUUGCAGCCCGUCGGCACGACGGAGUAUAGGCUAUUGAUUGACGUGUUAAAAGCUCCUCCUCAUGAUCAUGAUGAUAUACAACGGCGGCAGAAGCGGCGGCGGCUGGCGCCGUACCAGCUGUGCUUGCUGUGCAAGUGCUGCUCGGCCACCACGUGCACCUCCAUGCCCUGCUGCUUCGGCAUCAACUGCCAGCUUCCCAAUAAGCCCUUUGGCGUCUGUGCUUUCGUCCCCAGGACCUGCAACUGCACCAAUUGCACAACUUCUGUUUAA